CCGUUCUCUUUCGCCGUUUAAUGUAUUGUAUACCUAACCUCACACACUCAGACAACGUGAGUACAGACACCGGUUGUCUUAAAGGCACGAAGAAACACUUGAACAAGUAAAGAUGAGCUGCUAGCCGGUGUCUGACUAAGGUUUUGCUCUGAGCACAUCAUCGGUUCUUGUGACAACCGUUACCGCAGAACACUGAUGACAUCUUAUUAAAGCGCGACGACAGAUGACAAGAAAAGAGAGUUGUCUGUUCCUGCCCAGAUGAUCGAUAAAUCAGCGGCCCCACAGAUGGAUUGCAGGAAAGAGCGAGUGAAACCAGACAAGUCUCCCAAGACAAACCUGAUAAGGCCGUAUGCAUCACCCACACAGCCCACUUUGAAUUCUGAGCCAGUAAAAAAAUCUGUUACAGGAUUCAAGCAUCUGAAGACAUGGUGGCCCGUAGCUGUCAGACAUCGGUAUUCACAUCUUAAAGGUGUUUAUGUUGUUGGCCUCUGAAGACAGGAGGUAUCAUCUCAAGAACUAUGAAGAUGUCUAAGCCAGAAGCUAAUGAGGGUUUAGAGGACUGUGGGGAACGGGAGUCUGUGGCUACAUAGCGUGUGGCCCACAUACCAAUGCGUUGGAAGGAAAAACAGCAAGGUAGACGUGAUGUGCUUUGAGUGAGUUUUUCAGAUUACAGUCUGUGUGCGAGUGUGUGUGUGUGUGUGAUAUUGUGAAGGAAAGCAGAGAUGGAAGAGAAGCUGUACCAAUCUUUGGCGCGGCCACACCCGGGCCUAGAGCUCAGUUACUCCAGCUCAUCUGAGGAAGAGGAUGGUACCAGCCUUCAUCACAAACACUACAGAGAGGCGCACACCCGUACAGACUACGAGCCUGACCGCAGGUUCACCUACAACAGCCACAAAGUCCGCAGGAAACCCAUGGAGCCGCCGCAGAAAGAUUUCGCAGACCCCUCCAAGACUACGUUCCCUGAUUUCCAGACGGAGCUUCACGCAGCCAAUCAGGAGCUUGCUUACCCGGGAGGCGUGUCUACAGGUGUCGCUUCAGAUCCAGAAUCAGAGGGCGAUGGCUCCCCUGACCACGCCUUGCGGUUGUGGAUGCAGGAAGUAAAGUCGGAGCACAGUUCCUGCCUGUCGAGCCGGGCAAACUCGGUUCUGUCCCUCACCGAUACGGAACAGGAGCGGAAGUCCGAGCCAGAGAACGAUCUCCCUUCCAGCCCCGUGGCCCAGUUCACUUUCCGACCUCUGCCCCCUCCUCCUCCUCCGCCCCACGCGUGCACCUGUGCCCGGCCUGCACCGGCUCCCCUUCCAGAGGUGGUGCAGAGAAGCACGUUACCUGCCCGAUGCCAGCCGAUAGACUCCGGAAAUAAAGCUGGUCAGGAUGACAACGGGCAGACCUGGGCACUGAACAGCAACAUACCACUAGAGACCAGGCACUUCCUGUUCAAGCACGGCUCGGGCUCGUCAGCCAUCUUCAACGCGGCCAAUCAGAAUUACCCUCUUACGUCCAGCACGGUGUAUUCCCCACCUCCGAGACCGCUACCCAGAACCACCCUCUCCAGACCUCUGUUUUCCUUCAGUAAACCAUACCGCUGCUGUAACUGGAAAUGUACGGCUCUGAGCGCCAGCGCUAUUACGCUGACUCUUGCUCUGCUACUUACGUACAUCAUCGUCGUUCACCUGCUUGGGUUGCCUUGGCAUCUAAAGAGGAUGGAAGGAGAGCUGUAUGAGAACGGGAUAAGUAAAGACGAUCAGCCACUGCCGGGUGCGGAUUUCACCUUCACUCCCGUCCACCUGCCAGGAUUCAACACCACACAGCCAGAUAAAGAGGUGAUUCAGCGAGGCAGGGUGAUAGAAAGGGGAGAGGUGGCCGUAGGAACACAGCUGGUCCAGGCGAUACCUCCUGGACUCUUCUGGAGGUUUCACAUCACGGUUCACCACCCUGAGUAUGUCAAGUUCAACAUCUCGCUCACACGGGACGCCCUGCUGGGCAUCUACGGCAGGAGGAAUAUACCACCCACUCACACGCAGUUUGACUUUGUGAAGUUACUGGACGGAAGACAGCUGAUAAAGCAAGAUUCACGGAAUGCCAAAAUCCCAAAUCCUCCACCGCGCAGCCUGCUCAUGUCUGCUCUGCAGGAGACGGGUUUUGUGGAAUACCUAGACGUUGGCACCUGGUACCUGGCCUUCUAUAAUGAUGGGCGUAAGAUGGAACAGGUGGUAGUGUACAGCACCCCCAUAGAAACAUUAGAUGGUUGUUCCACUAACUGUAAUGGCAAUGGAGAGUGCGUUGCCGGACACUGUCAUUGUUUUACUGGCUUCCUUGGUCCAGAUUGUUCCAAAGACUCUUGUCCAGUACUUUGUAGUGGCAAUGGAGAUUAUGAGAAAGGUGUAUGUGUGUGUCACACUGGCUGGAAGGGGGCGGAGUGUGAGGUGGAGGAAGGCCAGUGCAUUGAUCCCACCUGUUCCAACAAUGGUGAAUGUGUCAACGGAGUCUGUGUUUGUGCUCCCGCAUUCAAGGGCGAUAACUGUGAGCAAGUGGAUUGCAAGGACCCGUUGUGCUCGGGUCGGGGUGUGUGUGUUCGUGGUGAGUGUGUGUGUUCGGCAGGCUGGGGUGGUGAAAGCUGUGAAACGGCACUUCCUGCCUGUAAAGAGCAAUGUUCAGGUCACGGAUCGUACCAACUUCAGACAGGGGUGUGCGUGUGUGAGAAGGGCUGGUCCGGAGAUGACUGCUCUGUCGAGGUCUGCCCUGUCGCUUGCAGUAGCCACAGUGUGUGUGUUGCCGGGCGGUGCCAAUGCGAGGAAGGUUGGGAGGGGCCAGCUUGUGACAGACAGGCAUGCCAUCCAAUCUGUGAAGAACAUGGAGAGUGCAGGGAUGGGCAAUGUGUCUGUCAGCCCGGUUGGGAGGGAGAGCACUGUACUAUUGCGGCGCAUUACCUGGAUCUGUUCGAUAAAGACGCCUGUCCAGGGCUGUGCAACGGAAAUGGGCGUUGUACACUGGAGCAGAGCGGUUGGCAUUGUGUGUGCCAGGCAGGAUGGAGCGGUCCAGGUUGUAACGUCGUCAUGGAAACCGAAUGCAAUGACAGUAAAGAUAAUGACAGUGAUGGUCUCAUAGACUGUGUCGACCCAGACUGUUGCAGUCAGCAGGUGUGUGUCAGUGCCCCGCUGUGCCAAGGGUCACCUGACCCCCGUGACAUCAUUCAGCAGACCCACAGCACAUUCGAGGCACGCCCUUCACGUCUGUUCUUUGACCGUGUGCGAUUCCUUAUUGGACGGGACAGCACACAUAUACUGCCAGGAGACCUGCCAUUUGAUAGCAGUCGAGUGUGUGUAAUUCGAGGUCAGGUUUUGGCUGCUGAUGGAACUCCUCUAGUCGGCGUAAAUGUCACAUUUCAGCAUAACCCUGAAUAUGGAUACACACUUAGCCGACAAGACGGCAGCUUUGAUCUUCUGGCAGUGGGAGGAAUCUCUGUAACUCUAUUGUUCCAGCGAGCCCCAUUUUUGUCCCAGAUACGAUCUGUCUGGCUUCCCUGGAACCAGUUCAUGGUCUUGGACCGUGUUAUAAUGGAACGAACUGGAUCCAGACUACCUGUCUGUGACCUAAAAAACCUGAUCAGCCCACACGCCAUCGUUCUCUCUGCCCCCCUGCCACGAUUUGCGGCUGACUGUGAAGACAGAGGGUCUGUCGUACCUGAAUUACAGGCGGUCCAGGAGGAAGUUGUUAUCCCCGGUACAAUUUUGAAGUUAAGCUACCUCUCUUCCAGAGCUCCGGGUUAUCGCUCUCUCCUGAGGGUGGUUCUGACCCACUCCACCCUCCUGCCAGGCCUGGCCAAAGUACAUCUCUCCGUGGCAGUCCAGGGUCGACAGCUUCUCAAAUCAUUUCCCGCAGCUCCAAACCUCAUAUAUGUUUUCUCCUGGAAUAAAACUGACAUCUACGGACAGCAGGUCACGGGGCUUGUGCAGACAUUGGUCUCUGUUGGAUAUGAGUAUGAAUCCUGUCCAGACGUUGUGCUUUGGGAAAAGAGAGCCGCUCAGCUGCAGGGUUUCGAGCUGAUGCCUUCCAACCUGGGUGGAUGGACAAUCAAUCACCACCACAUCCUUAACCUGGAGAGUGGUAUCCUUCAUAAAGGUAAUGGGGAGAAUGUGUUUAUUUCCCAGCAGCCCUUUGUCAUCUCAACAGUAAUGGGGACCGGGGUGGUCCGUGCGAUCCCAUGCCCGAACUGCAACGGCCCGGCCGUGGAUCAGAAAUUGUUUGCCCCCAUUGCUCUCGCCUGCGGUUCUGAUGGUAGUGUGUAUGUUGGCGAUUUUAAUUAUAUCCGCAGGAUUCUGCCCAACGGGUUCACCAUCAGCAUCUUAGAGCUCAGAAAUCGUGACAUUAGGCACAGCUCCAGUCCAGCUCAUAAGUAUUACUUGUCUAUGGAUCCCGUGCGCGAGUCGCUCUACCUGUCGGACACCAGCAGCGGGAAGCUGUACCGCCUGAAGACUCUGACUGAACCCAAGGAUCUCAGCCGAAACGUGGAGGUGGUUGCCGGAAGCGGGGAGCAGUGCACGCCCUUCCACCCGAACCAGUGUGGAGACGGAGGCAAAGCCACUGAAGCGGCGCUCAACAACCCUAGGGGUAUUGCGGUGGACAAGCACGGCUUCAUUUACUUUGUCGACGGAUCAACGAUCCGUAAGAUUGAUGACAAAGGCGUGAUAACAACCAUUAUUGGGUCAAACGGACUCACCUCCUCCCAGCCAAUCAGCUGUGACUCAAGAAUGGACAUUAGCCAGGUGCGUUUAGAGUGGCCCACAGAUCUGGCCGUGAGUCCAUUAGAUAACUCUCUCUACGUUCUGGAUAAUAACCUGGUGCUUCAGGUCAGCGAGUCCCAGCAGGUGCGCGUGGUUGCCGGGCGACCCAUCCACUGCCCCAUGGCAAAUAUCGAGCCGGUGCUUCUGGGAAAAGCAGCCGUGCGUUCUGUGCUGGAGGGAGCGAAGGCCAUCGCUGUCAGCCACCAGGGAGCGCUAUACAUUGCCGAAACGGACGACAGAAAGCACAGCCGAGUACAAGAAGUGUCCACAAAUGGAGAAAUGGUUGUAAUCGCGGGGGCCACCAGUGAAUGUGAUUGUAAGAUUGACCCCAGCUGCGAGUGCUUUUCAGGCGACGGAGGUUACGCUCGAGACGCCAAGUUGAAGUCUCCCUCCUCCCUGGCAGUUUCUCCUAACGGCUCCCUCUACAUCGCCGACCUCGGGAACGUACGCAUUCGCCGGCUCGCCGCAAACCAUCCUCAGCUGAGCCCCGAGGGUCUUUACGAGCUCACCUCGGUGGCCGACCAGGAGCUCUACUUGUUCAGUCCAAACGGUACUCACCUGUUCACCCGUAGCCUGGUGACGGGGGACUACCUGCUUAACUUCACGUACACCCCCGAGGGCCAUCUGAGCAGCAUAGCAAACAGGGAGGGCACGAUAGCGCAGUUGCGGCGGGAUGCUAAUGGCGUACCCCUGUGGCUUGUAGCCCCGGGCGGGCAGGUGUACUGGCUGACCAUUAGCAAUGCAGGAAUGCUGAAGCGCAUCUCUGCUCUGGCGCACGACCUCGCGCAGCUCAGUUACUACGGCAACACGGGACUGCUCGCCACCAUCAGCAAUGAAAACGGCUGGACCACUGUGUAUGAGUAUAACUCUGAUGGCCAUCUCAUCAACAUGACCUUGCCGACAGGAGAGGUCAGCAGUUUCCAUGGUAACAUGGAGAAAGCUGUCAAAGUGGAAGCCACCGCUUCGAACAGAGAAAACUUUAUUAUAAUCACAAACCAUUCUGCGGAUAACACCAUCUAUACGCUUCGACAAGCUCACUCUGUUAGCGUGUAUGGCGUCAAAGAUGAUGGAUCUCUCUGGGUGACGUAUGCGAGUGGAAUGGAUGUUACCCUCAGCACUGAACCGACCGUGUCAUCUGGGUUGUUGCUGGGGGCAUUGUCAGGUCUGGUCCAUCCCACGGUCGGAAGGUGCAACAUCACGUUGCCAGGGGAACCAUCUCACAGCCUGAUAGAGUGGAGACAGAGACGCGAGCAGGCCAAGGGAAAUCACACAGCAUAUGAACGCAGGCUGAGGGCUCACAAUAGGAACGUGUUGUCUAUAGACUACAGUCAGGAGAGUCGGGUGGGGAAGAUCUAUGACGACCAUCGUAAGUUCACCCUGCGUGUGCAGUACGACGAUCAGGGCAGGCCCGUGCUAUGGACCCCCAGUAAAUACAAUCAGGUGCGAGUGACGUAUUCGAACGACGGCUUGGUCACCAGCAUACAGAGAGGCAAUUGGACAGAGCGCAGAGAUUACGAUAAUGGCCGCAUCAUUACCCGCACCUGGGCCAAUGGGAAGAUCUGGAGCUACACCUUUCUGGAAAAGUCUGUCCAGCUGUUGUUACACAGUCAACGUCGCUACACAUUUGAGUACGAUCAGACAGACUGCCUGCUAUCUGUCACCCUCCCCAGCAUGGUGAAACACAGCCUUCAGACCUCUCUGUCUGUGGGCUACUACCGAAACACCUACACGCCCCCCGACUCGCCCGCAUCCAGCUUCACGCAGGAUUAUGCCCAUGACGGGCGUCUCCUCCAGAGCCUGUACCUGGGCACGGGGAGGCGCGUGAUCUACAAAUACAGCCGAGUGGCCCGGCUGGCCGAGAUUCUGUACGAUUCAACACUUGUUACCUUCACCUACGAUGAAGCAACAGGUGCUGUGAAAACCAUCCACUUGAUGCACGAUGGAUUCGUCUGCACCAUCCGAUACAGACAGACAGGUCCUCUGGUGAGCAGACAAAUAUAUCGCUUCAGCGAGGAAGGAUUGGUUAAUGCCCGCUUCGACUACAGCUAUAACAACUUUAGAGUCACCAGCAUGCAAGCUAUGAUCAACGAAACGCCACUGCCAAUUGACCUCUACCGCUACGUGGAUGUGUCGGGCCGAAUCGAGCAAUUUGGGAAAUUCAGCGUCAUCAACUACGACCUCAACCAGGUCAUUACCACGCAUGCCAUGAAACACACCAAGAUCUUCAACCCCAAUGGACAGGUGAUCGAGGUUCAGUACGAGAUCUUGAAAGCCAUCGCUUACUGGAUGACGCUGCAGUAUGACAGCAUGGGACGCGUCACCAAUUGCGAUAUUCGUAUUGGUGUGGACAGCAACAUCACGCGGUACGCAUACGAGUACGACGCAGACGGGCAGUUGCAAACAGUUGCCAUAAACGAUCGGCCACAGUGGCGCUAUAGCUACGAUCUCAAUGGAAACAUAAACUUACUGAGUCAUGGCAACAGUGCACGCUUGACACCGCUACGCUACGAUCUUAGGGACAGAAUAACACGCCUUGGAGAGAUCCAGUAUCGUACUGACGAAGAUGGGUUCUUGCGUCUCCGUGGCAACCUGCUUUUCGAUUACGGUUCAAAUGGACUCCUUUUAGGUGCCUAUGACCGGGACAGUGGACAGAGGGUGUGGUACCGCUACGACGGGCUUGGGAGGAGAGUCGCUACCCGAGCAAGCGAUGGAACCCAACUGCAGUUUUUCUAUGCUGAUCUGACUGAACCAACGCGGGUGACGCAUCUGUACAACCACAGCAGCUCAGAGAUCACUUCCCUCUAUUACGACCUUCAGGGUCACCUCAUCGCCAUGGAGAUGAGCAGCGGAGAGGAAUUCUACAUAGCAUGCGACAACGCUGGAACACCACUUGCGGUUUUCAGCAGUCGCGGUCAUGUGGUGAAAGAACUACGGUACACACCGUACGGAGAUGUUUACAGAGAUUCCAAUCCUACAUUUCCUCUCGUCUUCGGGUUUCAGGGUGGCCUCUAUGACUCUUUUACCCGUUUGGUGCAUCUCGGUCGACGUGACUAUGACGUGGUGGCUGGAAGAUGGACGACACCCAAUCAUGAGUUGUGGGCGGAGCUGAGUGUGAAUCCCAAGCCGUUUAACUUGUAUGCAUUUAGGAACAACUAUCCUCUGGGAGGUCUACAGGAUGUAACCAGAUUCACAACAGAUAUCAGUAGCUGGCUGCAACUCUUUGGGUUCCAGCUUCAUAAUGUGGUUCCAGGGUUCCCCAAACCAAAAGUGGAGAACACGGAGCAAACCUACGAGAUGAUGGCUACACAACUUCGCACACAGACUUGGGACACCAGCAAGGUUGUACUUGGUAUCCAGUGUGAUCUUCAAAAGCAUUUGAAAAACUUCAUCUCGCUGGAUCGCCUUCCCAUGACACCAGCCAAUGGGAAAAUAGGAGGCCGCCAGGGACGUAGACCGAUAUUCUCUGCCCUUUCUUCAAUUUUCGGAAAAGGUGUCAAAUUCGCCAUUCGUGACGGAGUGGUCGCGACGGAGAUAAUCGGGGUGGCAAGCGAGGACAGUCGACGUAUCGCGGCCGUACUAAAUGGCGCCGUGUACCUAAGAGGCCUCCAUUUUACGGUGGAUGCACGCGACACUCACUAUUUCACCAAGGCGGGUCCAUUAGAGGCAGAUCUGGGAGUGGCAGGGGGUGGAGCCGGAGGCGGAGUCAGAGUGUUGGAAAACGGCGUAAACGUUUCAGUGUCCCAAAUCAGCGCUAUGGUCGGUGGGGAAAUGCGACGGUUUGCCGACAUCGUGCUCCAGCAGGGCGUGCUUAGCUUUAAUAUUCGAUACGGAGCAUCGCCGGAGGAAGAACGUACGCGUGUGCUGGAGGCGGCUCGGAUAAGAGCUGUGCAAGGGGCGUGGCUACGGGAACAGAAGAAGGUCCUGGAAGGGGAGAUCGGAAGUUUGGUUUGGACCGAUAAGGAAAAAGAUGAGCUUAUCGCCGAAGGGCGUGUUUCAGGCUACGAUGGGUUCUACGCUUUACCCGUCGAACAACAUCCGGAGCUAGCAGACAGCCCUUUCAAUAUUCACCUGAUCAGACAUGUAGAAACAGGUCGUAGGUAACAGCGGCACUUAGACACGUCUACACACCCCUUUAUUACACUCCGAGCUACUACAUAUCUCUCUUCAGCUUUUCUAGAACCCCAACCAAACCAAUUGCGAAAGACUCUAUUGCCUUGUGACAAAUGAUGGUAUUAUUUUUAGACUUUUGCGUUUGUUUAUGCACUCUUAGAAAGUUUUGGUUAGGUAGAUUUCUUGUUUUACAGUGGCUUAACCGUUCUUACUAAAGAACGAGCCUUGCUUGCCAACAAGAGGGCACAGAGAAUAAUUCACCCGUGACUGUUCUUGACUAACGUUUUCGACUAUACACGCAGCCAUGCCUGGCUCUCUCACUUUAUUGUGUACAGUCAUCAUUUGACUUUAGGGGGAAUGUCAAGUCAGAAUGGUUAUGACAUUAAAUCCUGCAAACCUAAGGGGUUUUCUUGUGGUUUCAUUGGCUGCUGUGUUAAGUGUUUCUCGGAGAAUUUUCACAGUUGAUUUGCUUUCCAGGAUUUACAUGUAGACGGCUUUCAGGAUGACCUUCCAGAAACCAAACAUUUCUGCAGACCUGUCAGUGUCAAACAGAUUCUCUUAGUUCGGUUCUCCGGUCUGCCUCUAUGUCUCUGACUUUGCCGUCGCAAAAUUGAACUCCUGGGAGAGAUUCACAGUGUUUUUCGAGUCUUGGCAAGAGCUCAUCACCAUCUUGUGUUGUUUUUGCUUAAUCAGUGUUGAAGAAGCUGAGAGAAAUAGGCCGUUCGACACCGCUGGUGUGAAAACAGAUUCUUUUUUUUCUUUUUUUUGCUAAAACUGUACAGUUAACAUUUUGUUUCAAAUGUAGAAAAAAUAUUAUGUAUGUGGAAAUUGUGCCUUCCUGGUCUGCUAGAAACGAUCACAUGAAAUGGGCUUAGACAUAUCGUACAUCCUCAACUUGUGUUUCUGUAAUAGUCACAUGCCUUAGUUAUAUGCAAUUAUUUAUUUUAAGUUUAUUUAUUGGCUAGCGGGAGCCAAAAACAUGAAUGCUAACUGAAUCCCCAGGACACAAACCCAAAUCCUGGUUUACGAUUAAUGUGCUGCUCUUCUUUUUUCUAUUCUCACGUGAUUUAAAUGUUUUUGCUUUGCUGAAACUGUAAUCAUGUGUUUGACAUUAUGGUUUCACAAUGAAUGUCAAAGCAAACGUGUUUUGGACUUAUUUUGCAGUACGUCGAGUUCAUUUUCCCCGUUUCUGAUCCCUAUUGAAACUAGUAGGAGACCCGAGGAGGAAGAUGCAUAGGGAAAUGAAAGGAUCACCUGUCGAUGAAGAGCGCUGUUUUUGUUUUAGUCUUGGAGUUGAGUCUUUUCGAAAACUAUUAAAGUCUGCAGCACUGUGGGUAGACGUUCUGUGUGUAGGACACUUGAUAUGGACUACUGUAUAUCAUUAAUGGACUACUGUAGACUGUUUAUAGAUAAUGGACUAUUUAUACACGAAACUCAAGAGAAUUAGGACUAAAUGUAUUUUCUUGUGAAUUAUGUGGAUAUGCUGUACCAUCGAGCUUUGUAACCUUAAUCUGAGAUAUAUAUUUGCACUGAAAAUAAGGUGAAGAGGAAAAUGCAUCGGACUGAAUUUUUUGAGCGUGCAAAUAUUUAACAGAGAGGUGCUCCGAAGGCACUAUAUGUUUCCGGCAUUUUGCAAAUAAUUAUUCAUUUCAAUCAAAGUGUGAUUACGUUGCACGAAGAAAAAUAUUGUGGCGGGAAUUUCGUUUUUUUUUUCUUGGUUUGCAUCUUAGUCAUAAUCACGAUCAUACUGAACUGACAAAGGAAUAUGUAACGUUUGGUUUAUGAUCGAAUCUCUCACAAAAGUACUAAAAAGUUCAGUGUCCUCACCUUGGCCAAACAAGUUCCUGUGGUGUAUAUUUGGCUGAUGGCCUUUAUGUACACAACAUAAAGCAGUUUGUAAAAACAUGCCUAUUUAAAAACAAAGUACUUUGGGCAGUGGCCUUUUUAUAAAUAAAAAUGCAAAUUUAACCCUG